UUCAAGUCAAUCAGAGAUCAAUUGACGAUUCGAGAGAAGAAACUCGGGCAUGACCUGAAGAAGAAUGGAUUUCUACCUCACUUUAUGGAAAAAUAAUCAUGAAAUCUUGUCAUGAAAAGAAAGAGGACGAGACUACGAGCGUCUGGGAUCAAACGGCGACUGAUUCGGAGUCCGGACGAGGGAGAAACGAAGCAUUAAACAGAGGCUGAGCAAGCCACACGGGCACAACCCACACGGCCGUGUAACCUGGCCAUGUGGCCGUGUGGAAAUCACCGAGCCUUCACACGGGCAUCUGGGAAAGCCACACGGCCGUGUGGCUUGGCCGUGUGAGUCGGGAAUUGCUGGUUAAAACCCGAUUUUCAGGAAAAGGAGAGAGGGAGAGCUGGGUUUUGGAUCCCAAACACCCAAGGGACGAACCCUAGAGAGAGAGCGACUUGGGAACAUCCUUGGAGCUAUUUUGGAGGAUCUCUUUGCCAUUGGAGCUCGGGAAUCAAGUUUAGAGAUGGAGAUUGAAGAUCUAGAUCAGAUCAGAUUUCUGCAGUCUCUCUCUUCUCUAUGGAGUAACUUCCCUUCACUUAGGUUUUGAGGAACCCUAGUUCCAUGAGUUAGGAUCUUUCUUGUAUGAAGUUUUGGAUGCUAUAUUGUUUGAUUAUAAUCGAAUGAUGCAUGUUUAUUGAGUCAAUUGAAGUCUGAUCAACUUUUCCUGAUUUCUGCUGCAAUCUGAGAUAGAUAGAAUCUGAUUAGGUUGUUAGAGCCUCAUCAUUUGGUAGUAGGAGAUUGGCUAUACGAGAGUUAGCCAGUUUACUGCUUUGUACUGGAAUCCAAUUCCAGUAGUGGAGUUCUGUGCUUAUUGCUUCAGCUUUCUAUCCCGGUGAAGACUAGUCGUCUGCCGGAUAGUUAGACUGAGAGGGCUUGGUCAGCUUAAGAGAUUCCAAGCUACUGUCGGAUCUUCCGCAAUUUAAUCAACAGUAAAACAACCAAAAGGAAUUACAACUUGGACCUAAUUGAGGAGCUAGGGGGAAUCAUACCUAAGUGAGUUCCCAAACUUUAAUUAGUAGUUUUACUUAGUUUAGUUAGUAGAGUAGUUUAGUUAAUCGAUCCUUAAUCUAGUUUGCUAGAUAAUGAACUGAAGCUGAGUAAUAGUAACUCUAGAGACCCGUGGAUUCGAUAUUUAUUACUUGUGCCACUAUACUGCAGUCCCUUUCAUUGGUUACACUUGGCCAUUGUUAGGUGUUGUGUUUUAGCGUGUCAAGUUUUUGGCGCCGUUGCCGGGGACUUUCUAGAUUAUUAGGAAAGGCAGAAGUUUGUUACUUUAGCGUUUUUAUUUUCUUUUCCACCCUUGCUUUUCACUUGGGUGUUUUUUGUUUUUGUUGUUGCAGUUCUGAAUCAUGGAUCCUCAUGGCUUCUCCAACCAUUGGGGGUAUCCAUCACCAUCCGGGUGGUAUUACCCCGAGACUCCCUACAGCAAUCAAGGGGGAGAAGACUAUGGAUUCAGGUUCCAGUACCAACCCCCUUACUACGGAGAACAAUCAGACCUUUGGGCAUAUCAAGAACAACCUCAUUACCAAGAAGACUUUCUCCCACAACCAGAAGGGCCAUCGGAGCUGGAGUUACCCAUGGCGGCCUUCACGGGCCACUCUGCAGAGCCAUGCUACACUUCACUGGAAGAUCCGAACAAACAAUUAAGGCUUCUCGUGGAGCAGUUUGCUCGAGACACUGAGAGAGCAUGCUCCAAGAUGGAUCUUCAAAUCCAAGCCCUUGCCUCUUCCGAUCCCUCAUUUCUCCAUGAUAUGGAGGAGACUGUUCAGCGCUCAGCAAAGCAAAUAGAGUGGGUGCAGCAAGUUUGCUCACAUCUUGCUCAAGAUCACCUUUCUGCUGCCACGCUAGAAGAGGUGGAGGAUGACAAAGGCUACGGGAGCGUUGAGGAGCAUACAGAAGUUAUCACAGAGAACUCCCAUGAUAAUCAUGAUCAGGGAAGUCCUUUGGUUGCAGAUCAUACCUUUCCUCAUUUAUGCUCUAACAUGUUAGGCCCGUGCGAGGAGAUGCAAGAUGAUCCCAUUGAAGAAAUUGCUUGGCGACUUGCUCUCCAAUCUGUUCUAGAAGAAGAAGAGCGAGCAAGGAUGAGGAAGGAAGUUGUGGAGGAUGAGGAAGAAAGAAAAAAAGAGGUGGUUCUUACUCUUUUCCCAGGGGAGAGACCACAUUUUGAAGAAGGAAGGGGGGUUGAGGAAGCAACUGGCGUCCAGGCUGAGGACGGAGUUAAGGUGGAAGAGGCCUGCACCGGCCAUGAGUUGCAAGUAAUAUCCCCACCAAACUUUGAGGAACUGCUUAGCAAGGACCCAUUUGCAGUGUCUCUUUGCCAGACCAAGGCUACAUCAACAUCGGUCCCUCUUGGUGGACGCGAUGGUGGCCAAUCGACGCUGUCAUAUUUGGUUUGGGGCAAUGAGACGAGGGAAGAGAAGAAGAGGUCUCGAGGGUGGAGACUUCAUCUGCAUCAAGUACAUGAGCCUUCAUCACCUGCCACACCACAUGCUCGUGACUUGAUACUCCACCUCAUCAACGAGAACCUCAACUUCAAGGAGGUUCUAGAUGGACCGAAACUUAGGAGCCAUCGUCCGGCUCACGACGUGAAAGAAGCGCUUGUUGGGAGGCAACCCAACCAGUCGGUUUGCAUUUCUAUCUCUAUUUCUCCUCGGUUGAGUCAGUUUUGUUAUUUGAUUUCAGAUUCAAUAACUCAACCUUUGUGAGAUUUUGUGUGGUGUUUGCGUUCUGAUUGAUCUCUCUUCCUGGAAUGCACCGCCUGACCCGUCCAUCAUCAUUCACCCUUGAUCUGGUAACUUCGUUCUACCCUCCUUAUCUUUCCUCCAUUGAGGACAAUGUCGUGCUUAAGUGUGGGGGGAUGUUCGAUUAUGUAUGCGGGUGAAUGUUUGGCUGUUUGUGUGCUUGGAGCCUAGUCCACUGUCCAAAUUUUUAAAUUUGAGGGCUCCAAACACGUAUUUCCUUGCAAAUUGCCUGCUCAGUAUGCUUUGAAUUGACUGUCUCUAUAGUAAUGUGCAACCUAGGGAGGUAGUGUAGCACUAUGGAGGAUGUUGAAGUAUAAGAUUUUUCCUAUCUAGCUCUUUGUUGUGCCAGUUGAUUUUGUGAAUUAGUGGAGCUAGGACCGUUGAAUUCAUGUGGUAAUGGUGACUCUAUGUGGAUUGUGUUUUGGACUCGUGUAUCGAACUGGGUGCUCAUGUGGAAAAUGAAAAAUGCAGUUGGUCCUCCAUAUCAAAAUUGUUAAAUCUUAAACAUGGGGUAAGCCAAACGUGUGCGGCACCGUUCAUUGCACAAAAUCGGGUUUUGGAAGAGAUUUUAGUGAUCCUUAGUGGGGUACUCCUACAAGGUGAAGCUAAGCCGUCUCUAGUACAAGUAAAACUUCCACCCGUUGAACGGUUUGCCUACUUGAGGAUGUGUUUUUAAGGGCACGGAUAGAGCUUCCGACCCCCCUUGAUUUCAUUGACCCUCCACACGAGUUGAGAAAAAGGAGUUAAAAGAAGUACUCUGGCGAGCGCUAGAUGUACAAAAAUUGCUCUUGCUCGACUAAUAAGGGUCGACCGUGCAAAAGACUGCAGUUGGAACCCUCGCCAAGUGACUGAAGAAAAAAAGAGAAAAAGAAAUGUAAAUGAAAGUGCAAAAAGGGGGUUCCAACGGUGAAAUGAAGUGAAAGAGCACCCCGGUACAACGAGUCCUUGGUUGUGAAUGGUGUGAGUCCCUUUGUCCAUGAACUGACUGUCUUACUUCUACUUCUUCUCAUGUUCCUGGCUUGAGUCUAGUACUCGCAUUGAGAGAGAUAGGGGACGUCUUAGAAGACCAGUUGACCUCGUAAGCUGCUAUAUGAUCUAGGAAAUCCUCUACCGACGAUCGGGGUUGUUUUUUUCUAUAGAGGUCUGGAGAGCUGCAUUGGUUUGAGUUAGGUUUGCUUGGGGACAAGGAAACAGUUAAGUGUGGGGGGAUUUGAUGACUCGGUAUUUGCACAUGUUUUCCCCUUUGUUUCUUGAUUGUUUGAGCUUGAAUUAUUGCGUCUUUGGCCUAUUUUAUUCUACGUUGUGUUCCUUUGUCACAUUUCAGGUCCUAGCACAUAAAGUGAAGCAUAGGCGCAAGUUUCAAGUCAAUCAGAGAUCAAUUGACGAUUCGAGAGAAGAAACUCGGGCAUGACCUGAAGAAGAAUGGAUUUCUACCUCACUUUAUGGACAAAGAAUCAUGCAAGCUUGUCAUGAAAAGAAAGAGGACGAGACUACGAGCGUCUGGGAUCAAACGGCGACUGAUUCGGAGUCCGGACGAGGGAGAAACGAAGCAUUAAACAGAGGCUGAGCAAGCCACACGGGCACAACCCACACGACCGUGUAACCUGGCCAUGUGGCCGUGUGGAAAUCACCGAGCCUUCACACGGGCAGCUGGGAAAGCCACACGGCCGUGUGGCCUGGCCGUGUGAGUCGGGAAUUGCUGGUUAAAACCCGAUUUUCAGUAAAAGGAGAGAGGGAGAGCUGGGUUUUGGAUCCCAAACACCCAAGGGAUGAACCCUAGAGAGAGAGCGACUUGGGAACAUUCUUGGAGCUAUUUUGGAGGAUCUCUUCGCCAUUGGAGCUCGGGAAUCAAGCUUGGAGAUGGAGAUUGAAGAUCUAGAUCAGAUUUCUGCAGUCUCUCCCUUCUCUAUGGAGUAACUUCCCUUCACUUAGGUUUUGAGGAACCCUAGUUCCAUGAGUUAGGAUCUUUCUUGUAUGAAGUUUUGGAUGCUAUAUUGUUUGAUUAUAAUCGAAUGAUGCAUGUUUAUUGAGUCAAUUGAAGUCUGAUCAACUUUUCCUGAUUUCUGCUGCAAUCUGAGAUAGAUAGAAUCUGAUUAGGUUGUUAGAGCCUCAUCAUUCGGUAGUAGGAGAUUGACUAUACGAGAGUUAGCCAGUUUACUGCUUUGUACUGGAAUCCAAUUCCAGUAGUGGAGUUCUGUGCUUAUUGCUUCAGCUUUCUAUCCCGGUGAAGACUAGUCGUCUGCCGGAUAGUGAGACUGAGAGGGCUUGGUCAGCUUAAGAGAUUCCAAGCUACUGUCGGAUCUUCCGCAGUUUAAUCAACAGUAAAACAACCAAAAGGAAUUACAACUUGGACCUAAUUGAGGAGCUAGGGGGAAUCAUACCUAAGUGAGUUCCAAAACUGUAAUUAGUAGUUUUACUUAGUUUAGUUAGUAGAGUAGUUUAGUUAAUCGAUCCUUAAUCUAGUUUGCUAGAUAAUGAACUGAAGCUGAGUAA